CCUUGAGAUCACUGGACCAAAGAUAAGUGAUAAUGAAUAGCCAGAGUCCCUAUUCAGUGAGGGAUUAAUCCUUUUUUAUCCACAUGGAUUCUUUCCGCUUUCUUGGAACAGGAGUGUAUUCUGAAGUCCAUGCUUCAUCCCAUUACAAUGAUGUGUCCAGUAUUAAGGGUGUGUCUUGCUAUUCAUUGUCACUAUCUUUGGUCCAGUGAUCUCCCGGCAGCAGAAAGCAAGAAACUGUGUGAAUGAUAACUUGACUUUGCUUGAGAAAUCCACAGGAGUGGCUGUAAGCUUGCCUACUAAAUGUUAAGGAUGGUAGAAGCUUCAACUACAUGUUAACAGCCAUAUAUGGAGGCCUGGAUCUUGGUGGUUUCAAGCUCAUCGAUAGGUCACCAAUGUAUUAACAUUGAACAAGAUUUUGAGGAGCUGGUACUAUAGUGAACCAUGGAUCCACACUGCAUAGUCCCAAUGUCGAGGCUUAUCAUCAUAGCUGCACUGAUGAGGCUUUGCUCAUGUUCGACUGUGCAGGGUAGCAUUUUGAGGAGUCUAACAACCAACAAGCCUCAUUAUCUUGAACAUGAAACUGCCAUGAUAACUGCAUCGUUCAUGCUUCCUACAAACAAAUCAAUGUCGGAUUACAUCUUUAUGUGGUCAGUUGGACACCCUGAUGGAGAAACACCAUUCAUUGAGGAGACAAGGUAUAUCUACAAACACAGCAAAAUUGGAGAUAUCGACCGCUUUGAGAUUUCCAUUAAAAAUCACAGCUCUACCAGAGGGUCUAUAAAGAUUGUAAUCCACGACCUUCGGUUAGAGGAUCAUCGGGAAAUCAAACUUUCUGUGUUUGCUAGAGACCCCAAAGUAGAGAUUUUACACGAGUUUAUUGAAAUUCGUGUGGAUCCACAGGAAGCUACUACUACAUCAAAACAGGUUGGGGGCAACGUUUCCCCUGAAACCGAAUCAGAUGCGACCGCCUCCACCCUGCCACCAUCCACCACAACUACCGCACCUCUGGGAAACAUCAAAAUGUGGAUUCCUUUAGGACUCAUCUUUUUUCUCAUUCUACUUCUCAUAUUUCUGAAGUUCUACACUUAUGUAAAUCAACCGUAUAAUACAUGUACAUGUAUCAGGGAAGACGCAACAUUGGUGAAUUCAUCUGCUACCAGCACUUCAGAGUCUCAACACACUCUCCCUUUUCAAACUUUUAUAAAAUCCAUUGUCAGAGGAAAUGGUUUCAAAACUUGACAUACAAAGACGAUGUUCUUAUCAUGUUAAAGGUAAUACAAAGUUUUGGAAAAUUUUGAAAAUGGCUGGAUAGCGAUUCUUUAAAAUGUUGAUAUAUUUGGAUGCCCCUGAGGAUGUUCUAUG